CCUGCAGUAAAUGAAGAAUGAACCUUACAGCAUCCCUCAUUUGUUUAGCUGGAUCCCUGAACUCACCUCCCUGGGAUGAGGCCUCAUGACAGCACGGAAGUCCAGCCAGGAACUGUGGAGACUGAAGAAGGCUGAAGGCAGGCAGAUGGGCUCGGUUGGUGGGCUCCACCGCCUCACCAUGACUGCUGAAAACCCGACCCCCGCAGACCUGGCUCUGGCCCCCCUCGUCACUUGCAAACUCUGCCUGUGUGAACAGUCCCUGGACAAGAUGACCACACUCCAGGAGUGCCGCUGCAUCUUUUGCACAGCUUGCCUGAAACAGUACAUGCAGCUGGCGAUCCGAGAAGGCUGUGGCUCUCCCAUCACUUGCCCUGACAUGGUGUGCCUCAACCAUGGAACCCUGCAGGAAGCUGAGAUCGCCUGUUUGGUACCUGUGGAUCAGUUUCAGCUUUAUCAGCGGUUAAAAUUUGAACGAGAAGUUCACCUGGACCCCUCCCGAACAUGGUGUCCUGUAGCAGACUGUCAGACUGUGUGCCCCGUUGCAUCGAGUGACCCAGGACAACCCGUGCUGGUAGAAUGCCCUUCCUGCCACCUGAAGUUCUGUUCCUGUUGCAAGGAUGCCUGGCAUGCAGAGAUGUCCUGCAGGGAGAGUCAGCCCAUUGCCCUGCCAACGGAGCAUGGGACCCUCUUUGGGACGGACGCGGAAGCUCCCAUCAAGCCAUGCCCCGUGUGCCGGGUCUAUAUCGAACGCAACGAGGGCUGUGCCCAGAUGAUGUGCAAGAACUGCAAACACACAUUCAAUGACAUUUUCCUCAGACACUAUGACAAAGGGCCCUGCAGGAAUAAACUCGGCCACUCAAGAGCAUCCGUGAUGUGGAACCGAACACAGGUGGUGGGCAUCCUCGUUGGACUGGGCAUCAUCGCCUUGGUGACAUCGCCCCUGCUGCUCCUGGCCUCCCCGUGUAUAAUCUGCUGCGUGUGCAAGUCCUGUAGGGGCAAGAAGAAAAAGCACGAGCCGUCCACAACCUAGAGACCUGUGUUUGUGUGCCCGCCCACGGCGGCCAGCCCCUGAGUGACCUUGCUUCCUCCUCCUUGCCAAAUUUUGGAAGUGCCUCUGUGUGCAGACUGUGACCUUGCCUGCCAGCCUUCUGCAUCAGGGAAGGCCAAGUGUUCCCGUGUGACAGAACUGGGCUCCGCAGGUCACGCCUCGUCCAGCACCUCAGGAGCCCUGGGGUUGCUUGGGAGGAACUAACACAUCGCCAUCUUAUCAUCCAGAGGGAUCCCACUGGUCCGUCCCACUGUCAGCCUAAUUCAAGGAGCCCUGGUGAACGUUCGAGAUAAUAAAUGUGUUGUCAUGGCUGCCUGCACGGUAACUGAGAGGUAGCGUCUACUCUGCAUCGAUGUGACCACGAGACACGCAGUGGGGAACCCGUGUGCGGAGAAGGAUCAGACCGCAUAAAGAGAAGUUCUCGGAAGCGCUGUGAAGUUGGCUGCUCAUCUUGGGAGUCGAUAUGGUGAUUCCUCCUCUGCCAGUUCCUGGGUGUGCUGUUCCCGAAGUUCCCACAGUGACAUGGCACAAACCAUAGGUUUCUCCUCGUGUGAUUUCAGCUUCAAGCAGGAGAAACAGCUGUGCAGAGGGAGUUGUUUCUUGCCGGUAAAAGGGUUGCAGCAGGAGGAACAACGUGGUCUCAUUUAGUUUCUCUUCCCUGGCACAUGUAGCUUUUCUAAGGUGACCGACUCAUCUCUGACAGCCAUAGCUAUGGUCUAUAGACUCGUUUGAUAUGAAAUAUGGCUAGAUGGAUCAAGGUUCAGAACUUCAUCACAGAUAACGUGGGCCUUUCGCGGGCACUGUUACAGAAAUCUGACAGAUUUGGAGGUGAACCUGCAAGCACACAGCAAGAAUAAAUACUCACAUCCAUAUGCACCUCUCGAAUCCAUCUGACUUUCCGCCGACCUACAGUUUCUGUCCCCUGGUUAUGCAUGGGUCCUCACCAAAUAAAUAUUUACCUUGGAGCCAUUUUGCCCUUCUGUGGCUAAAAUGGUUCAUUACAAAUCA